AUGACCAACCCGGCUCUCGCUGAGGGCUCGAAGGACUUAGGAAGCGAGUCUAAUAGGUCUCGUGAUGAGAAGAACUUUUUGAGGACACCAUCUGUGGAGUUUCAAAAGGGUUGGAACAUGAGAGAAGAGUCAUGUCGAAGAGAGGCGAUUGAGAGCAUCGCCUUUGAGAGUGGAGAAGGCGUCGGUUGCCCGGGCGCUGGGGUCAGGACUGGAUCUGACAGAUUCCUAUCAAGUAACCAAGACACUUAUGACUGGUCUCCGCAGAAAAUAGUACGCAGAGCUAUCGUCGAGCGAUGUAUGGUCGAUAUCAAGCAAUCAGCGUGGAGUGGUACAGUGAUGGGCGUACCCGGCAGGAAGGAACGCCAGGCGCUCUCGGAAAGUCAUCUGGGCUUGCUGGGUGAACACGGUCCCAUGCUGAAAGCAGGGAAGGAUGACGCAGAAGAACGCCCUCUGACACGGUUCAUUUAUUCUUCUGGAGGAUCGGGAAAGCGAGGCGGAACGCAUUUCGUGUACGUAGAGUAUCCAUACCAACCGCCGAACGUGUUCAGAGAUCAACACGUACUCUCCUCUGAUUGGGCCAGAGUCGGAGUAGUGGGCGAAGAAGAAACAACGGUGAGGAAGGAGGGGAGUGUAAGAAGUGAUCACGUGGAUUUGAUCAAUUCCAAUCCUUGGAAGUUCCAAAGUUACCUCCUUUCCUAUGGAGCGUGCACAUUACAAAAGCUGCCAGUUCGACAAGCUCUUUCGUGUCAGCUGUGGUUCAAUCGGGGAGCGAAAGUGGAGGCGGUGCCAACACUCGCCGCAGUUCAACGGCUGAUGCAGCCUUCGCGAAGGAUUCGGCGCCCUGAAAUAUACGAAACUGUUGCUGGCAGGGUAACCACAAUGGCGACACGGGUGCAGGAGAAGAAAAGGAGCGUUCAGAGCAGUGAAGGCCGCAGCUGCUCAUCACGGACGGACGCCAAUGCGAAAGCCAUAGAACGCCAGUCGUUGUUGCGGUUGCUGUCGCAGUCGUCUGUGUAUCCUUCUCCGGUCGCUGCUGCUGGCUGCUGCUAUUUCGAGGCGCCACGGCUCACCGAAGUCGUCUUCCCCGCCAAAGCCUCAAAAUGGCGCUGCAGAGAAGGACGAGGAACUGCGGCAGCCAGAGGCAGCCAGAAGCAGGCGGUGGCGAGAGAGAGGGGGGCUUCUGCACGCCAAGCACAGUCGAGUGAGUAUCUCACGAGGAUGUGGUCAGCCAGCAAUCGGGGUCCGCGCGGUGAAUCACGCUUCCUCCAGCUGGGUCCUGACAUGGAGCCUACCGCUUUGCACUGUGCCGAACGGCCCUCCAGUCCAAUCCCACCCCCAAUACCAACAGCAAAUAAAUGCCUUUAUCCCACGCCCGCUGCACCAAUGCGCAGCCGUCCAUGGCACAGUUUUUACUGUGAAUUCUUCGCCCAUCGCUAUUUGAUCCUCACACCUGCCUCGUGUGAGCCCACGACCAUUCUCCACGACUCGACGACUGCACGCUCCAAGCUCUCAGCCUAA